CUGUUUCAAGUGUUGCAUACCAAAAGCAGCAGAUCUCUGUUCGAUGGAUUAGCCAGCGUGCCAAAGGAAAUGGUUCUGCGGGAAAGUAUAAUCUCUGCCAAGGUGGGAAGGAUAAAACCUCCUGUUACCUGGUGAUGAGUUGCUACAUCCCGCUGACAGUCAUUUUCUGGUUGAACAGGGAGCCGUCUCUGAGCUUGGUGUGGUCGGGCUGAGUGUUUUUAAAAUAGUCGUGGUUGGGAGAUAAUGAAAUUGUAGGAAGUGGCUUUUGUAAAGACAGAGUCUUUAAUCUCUCGGGUUUAUGACAUUGGCUUUGGUGAAAUGUGUAUCUAGCGGGGAAGCGUCUACGCCGUUAAGGAGGUUAGUUUGUGAUUCGGGAGGAAGGAGAAUCUGUCGGGCACUGGUGGAAAGCUUUCUAAAUAGAAAGCGUUAUCUGGGCGAAGUUAUUCGCUGUCCUAGGUGUUAGCUUUCUGUGUCAUGGAAGUUAUAUUGGGUUCUUAAAGCUGCCGAUUAGAUUACUGCUCAGCCCGGUGAACGCGUCUCGGUUUGUAGUAGGCAGGCAGGCCAGUGAUGGCUAACGGAGACAAGAAACGUGAAGGGCAUCUGCUACGUGGUAAAUAAUGCAUAUAGCCUGGAACUUCUGUAACCAGAACCCUUCAGAAGGGAGUAGGAUGACUGUUCCCCUUUAAAUAUGUUUUUAAGGAAGAGAUUUGGGAGUUACCAUCUCCGCUGCUUUACAAAAACUUUACUCCCUCUAUAACAUGAUAUAGAGUUAAAAUUACGUACGUGAACUAUGUGUGUUUGCUGGCACCGAUCUCGACAGCGCUGACCUGUGACCAGAAUUCCCUUUUAACUUCAGGCACUGGGUUAGAUCCUUUUGAUUGCUAUAGCAAACUCAAAUCAGAAGUCACAGAAACAGGGGUUGCCAGAAAGACCCUGACAGUUUAACCGUUGCGGAGAAAUGGGCGACGAGAAAGGCAAACUGCCGUAUGCUGCAUCCACCCAUUCCUCUUCUAGAGUCCUGGGUAAGAGCAGUUGUGCAACAACGUGAUCUGAGUGGUUAAAAUUGAAAAAUGUGCUGCUCCAGGAAGAAGAGUGGGAAGGAUGAAAAUACUCCCUCCGAUGACCAAGCUAUGUUUAAAAGGAAAUUAGAGAAGAGAAAUAGGCCACGCAUCCUGGUUCUUUGACUGUUACAAAGUCAACGCAAUAUGGCCAGUGAGCAAAGCUAGGGCUGCGGCUCACAUCUGCUCAUCGUACCAGCGGUACGUCUGGCGUUCGAGACUGCGCCGGGAUGCUUCGGCAGCGCCGCGCCCCCUCAUGUAACCUUCUUCUGGAGCCGGAGUGAUGAAGGGAGUGGUAAACAUGUGAUGGUCCCGUUAGCGGCCCAAGGGACGUCAGCUGGAAAGUAUCCUGCAACUGGGAUGUUGGAAGAGCUCUAAGGUAGAGUGGAAGGGUGUAGAUGGUCAGUGUAUCAAGGAGACACCUGAAGAAAAUGGGGGAGUGCUAAUUUAGGAAAUAAGUGUGAAACCUUGGCCAUGCUAUGAGAAGGAGAUGCGUGGUACCCUGGCUGGAGGCAGGAACAUGUGGCCGUGCUACCUGUAGAACUGAGUUAGUCAGACAUUUGAGGGGAAGAGGAUGAGAUGGUAAUUAGCUCCUUGACCUCCAGGGUCUGUAGCGAUGAACCCACAGAGACAAAUAGGCAGAAGUCGCCUCUGUAAGCUCUGUGACAGAACAGGAAAAAAGUUUGAGUAAAUACACGUAAGACUGUAAGAGUCUUUGCAGGACUCACAGCUGGAAAACUAGAGGACUAUGGAACUUAAGUAGGAGAUCUUCUAAAAUUGAGCAGCGCUGCAUGCUUGUGGUUACAGCAUCUUUAACUGAAGCUGGAGAAGGUGGCUGGAGGGAAAGCGAGCUGCUAAGUCGCAGGGGAACUGCCCGGAUUUGAUUUCCACUGGGUCUGAAUUUGGGACUUCAUUUCCUAAACCAGGCAGUCACCACGCCGUCCUUCCCUUUGCCGAGGGGGAUUUUCAAUGGCUGCAAGAAGAGUUUGCUGCUCCCUCCUUCGCUUGUGAUGCCUGUCUCCGUGGAUAUGCACUUUUCCUGAAAUACCCUUACGGGAGAGAAGAAUGUACAGCGGCUGGACCUCAUGCCAUGAGGUGAGUGUCGUGACUGCUGAACUUCCUCAGACCCGCUAGCCAUGCCAGGGAUUGUCGUGUUCCGCCGUCGCUGGUCUGUAGGCAGCGAUGACCUGGUUUUGCCAGCCGUCUUCCUCUUCCUCCUGCAUACCACCUGGUUUGUGAUCCUCUCUGUGGUGCUCUUUGGGCUGGUGUACAACCCCAACGAGACCUGCUCGCUUAACCUGGUGGACCACGGCAGAGGCUACCUGGGCAUCCUGCUCAGUUGUAUGAUCGCAGAGGUGGCAAUCAUCUGGCUCAGCAUGCGAGGCAGUAUCCUGUACACAGAGCCGCGGGACUCGAUGCAGUAUGUGCUCUAUGUCAGACUGGCUAUCUUGGUGAUUGAGUUUGUGUAUGCUAUUGUGGGCAUCGUUUGGCUAACGCAGUACUACACUUCCUGCAAUGAUAUCACAGCAAAGAGUGUCACUUUGGGAAUGGUGGUGUGCAACUGGGUUGUCAUCCUGAGCGUCUGCAUCACUGUCCUGUGCGUCUUCGACCCGACGGGCCGGACCUUUGUCAAACUGCGUGCCACGAAGCGGAGACAGCGCAACCUGAGGACGUACAACCUGCGACACCGCCUGGAAGAAGGGCAAGCCAGCAGCUGGACACGCAGACUCAAAGUUUUUCUUUGCUGCACACGGACAAAAGACUCUCAGUCGGACGCCUACUCCGAAAUCGCCUACCUUUUUGCUGAGUUUUUCCGAGACCUUGACAUCGUCCCAUCUGACAUCAUUGCAGGCCUGGUUCUUCUGCGCCAACGGCAGCGGGCAAAGCGCAAUGCUGUGCUGGAUGAGGCAAACAAUGACAUUUUAGCUUUUCUGUCUGGGAUGCCAGUGACCAGGAACACAAAGUAUCUGGAUCUGAAAAAUGCGCAAGAGAUGCAGCGGUACAAAGAGGUGUGUUACUACAUGCUGUUUGCCCUGGCUGCCUAUGGCUGGCCCAUAUACCUGAUGAGGAAGCCCACGUGCGGACUCUGUCGCCUGGCCAGAUCCUGCUCAUGUUGCUGCCUCUGUCCCUCCCGGCCCCGCUAUGCACCCAGCGUCACCAUUGAAGAGGAUAAUUGCUGUGGCUGCAAUGCCAUUGCCAUCCGGCGCCACUUCUUGGAUGAGAAUAUGACCUCAGUGGACAUUGUUUACACGUCUUGCCACGAUGCAGUUUAUGAAACGCCUUUCUAUGUGGCUGUGGACCAUGAUAAGAAGAAGGUGGUCAUUAGUAUCCGAGGAACUCUGUCUCCAAAAGAUGCCCUGACUGACCUAACCGGGGAUGCGGAGCGCCUUCCAGUUGAGGGUCACCAUGGAACGUGGCUGGGACACAAGGGAAUGGUGCUGUCUGCUGAGUACAUCAAGAAGAAAUUGGAGCAAGAAAUGGUGCUUUCUCAAGCUUUUGGACGAGACUUAGGGAGAGGAACAAAACACUAUGGCCUGAUCGUGGUUGGUCAUUCCCUAGGGGCCGGCACGGCUGCCAUCCUGUCCUUCCUCUUGCGUCCGCAGUACCCAUCACUGAAGUGCUUUGCCUAUUCUCCCCCAGGUGGGCUGCUGAGCGAGGAUGCCAUGGAGUAUUCAAAAGAGUUUGUGACUGCAGUCGUGCUUGGCAAAGAUCUAGUGCCCAGAAUCGGUCUCUCUCAGCUGGAGGGAUUUCGCCGGCAGCUUCUGGAUGUUCUUCAAAGAAGUAACAAACCAAAGUGGCGAAUCAUCGUGGGCGCUACGAAGUGCAUACCCAAGUCAGAGCUCCCUGAAGAGACGGAAGAAAACUCAGUAACGAGUAACCGCCUCUGGACCCAUCCCAGCGACCUGACUAUUGCCCUGUCGGCAAGCACACCGCUUUACCCGCCUGGCCGCAUCAUCCACGUGGUGCACAAUCAUCCUGCGGAGCAGUGCUGUUGCUGCGAGCAAGAGGAUCCCACUUACUUUGCUAUCUGGGGUGACAAUAAGGCGUUCAACGAAGUGAUCAUCUCGCCAGCGAUGUUGCACGAACACCUCCCCUAUGUGGUCAUGGAAGGGCUCAACAAGGUCUUGGAGAAUUACAACAAGGGGAAAACAGCUUUACUUUCUGCAGCCAAAGUGAUGGUGAGUCCUACAGAAGUGGAUCUCACCCCAGAGUUGAUCUUCCAGAGUCAGCCCUUACCUAGUGGACCCUCAGUGCAGAUCGGAACUGGAGCCGUAACAGCGGACAGAAGGAACAGCAGUACUAAGAGCAAGUCCCAUUCUGAAAUCAGCUUGGAGGGGUUUUAUGAGACAAAGCCACUUUCUCCUGUGCAGAAAGACCCUGUGGAGCUGCUUCUCCUGGAUACAAAGGAACGCCUGUCUGUGGAGCUGCAGGACCGUCGUGCCCCUCUUGCCACCAUGGAGAGCCUCUCGGACAAUGAAUCCAUCUACAGCUUUGAUUCAAGGCGCUCCUCUGGUUUUCGGAGCAUCCGGGGCUCCCCCAGCCUCCAUGCUGUCAUGGAGAAGGAUGAGACUCACUGCUUUUAUAUAGACCCCGUUAUCCCUGAGGAGAACCCCUCCCUCAGCUCGCGGACAGAGCUGCUGGCUGCUGACAGCCUCUCCAAGCACUCCCAGGAGACUCAGCCCCCCGACAAUGUGCUCAACAGCGGUGGCACUACCCCCCAGCGACGCUGCAGCGAGGAGGGGGCCAGCAGCGAGGGGGACCGAAUCUCCUUAGCCCCUCGGGAGGAGCUGUCCCUCCAGAACGGCCGGCUCACUGACGUUCCCAGUCCCCAAGUGCUGGAGUUUGCUGAGUUCAUAGACAGCCUCUUUAAUUUGGAUAGCAAAAGCAGCUCCUUCCAGGACAUCUACUGCAUGAUGGUGUCAGACAGCUCCAGUGACUUUGCAGAGAUGCCCAAGUCUGUCAGUGAUCAGGAGAUCCUGUUGAGGGCACAGUAUGAACCCAACCUAGUCCCAAAGCCCCCGAGGUUGUUUGCAGGCUCAACAGAUCCUUCGUCGGGCAUCUCUGUCUCACCCUCUUUCCCCCUUAGUUCAUCUGGAGAACUCAUGGACAUCACUCCCACAGGCGUGAGCAGCCAGGAGUGCCUGGCCACUGAUAAAAUCCGGACUUCCACCCCCUCUGGGCAUGUAACCAGCCCUGCCAAGCAGGACGACCUCAUGAUUUCGGCCCUCUAGUGCAGGGAAAAGGGGUGCGGCUCUGAGAGCUGAUCCCGUAGGCUGAGUGCUGGGAUAAUACUUGGAGGAGGUGGUCAUCGGGCAGUUCGGAUCGGAGGAGACGGCUGGAAACGUUCCUUCUGGGGUGACACAGUGCUCGCGCACUGGUGUCGUGUCUGGAGGACGGAUUGUGCUCGAGUCCCGUGCUCGCGGCGGGGAGAAGAAGCGUUGCCUCGCGAGGGCUGCUGCAAUAAGAGGGUCUGAGUCACUGAAGGCAGAUGCAAGUUCCCUACCUCAGCCUGUCUCAUUUCAUUGAAGAGGCAGAUUCCUUGCCCCAGGGCACCUGCUGAGUUUGGGAGUGAGAUACCUCGCUUCAGGGAAUCCUCUGGGGGUGACAGGGGUGGAUUCUCUGAAGCUCGAGGAUUGGAUAGAGCGAAGCGAGGGGGCCAGGCCAGAUCGCCCCCUUGGUACCGUGUUAGUGGGUUUGGAAAUGAGCGGAUUGAGACUUUGGGCCCUAUUGCACUACCACGUCGGAUCUGGCCCAAGAUCCAAUUCGUCACACUUCCAUGGGGAUUGCUUUUGUAGGACACUCUCCUGUUUUAAAGCCAUUGGGGCUGUAUUCUCCCCAAAUGCAGUCUCCCCUCCCCUGGCCAGGCGCAGCAAGAAGGGGGCUGGCACUGUGUUUUCUCUCUCCUGGGUACUUCAGUGACCACCAGGCUGCCUCCGAGAGGGAAGGACACUGUUCUGAAGAGCCAAAGCCCUCUGCCAUGUCCCUCCAUUGCCAGAAAGAGUUCUCCUGGAUGUCACCGUCAUCACUUCUCAGUUCCCUGGACCACUCUGAGCUGGCGGCGUUCCUGCAGGACUGACAGGAUUCUCAUCUCAGAGCCGUGCGGAUGGAUCAACUGAAAAAUUUAACAGGCUUCUCAACACCCAGCGUUCUUUGCCAGGCCCCUGCGGAGCCUGGGAGCCUCUCCUGGCCUUCGCUGGGUCCUCACACCACCCAUAUGCAGUAACCACAGAGCAAGUGCCAGCCUCUGUCAUUGGGAGUUCAGGGAAAAGAUGGACUUUUACUAAGUAUUGAAAUCUCUUGUAUGUUUACAGAGCUGCUAAGCUUUUCGGAAGGUAUUUAUUAAGCAAACAGGGCAGCUUUCCCUAAGCAAAAAGCAUGUUCAUUCUCUCCUUCCUCUGCCGUUCCCUCUGGGGACUGAGGGGAGAGAGGAUGAGCAGGUACGAUCGCACGUCCCCUGCUUUUAAAGUGGAUCGGAGUCUGGGGGAAGCUGCCCGCAUCCCUUGCCCACCCUUCCUCCUCCGCCUCCCCAUCGCGCAACACCGCAUCGCAAAGCUUGACCGAGUCGCCAGUAAACCUACCCGAGCGCUGCUGUGCAGAGCCUCGGUGCGCGGGGGAGCCUGCUAGAGACCCGUCUAGGCAGGGACCUCCCAGUGAUGGAAGCGGGAGAGAAACUACCUAUCUAAAACGUUAAACAUACUGUGACCUGUAGAAGGCCUUUAACUGACAAAACACCUUCAUAAUCAAAGCUCAGCGGAGUUAUCAAUCGGUCUCGCUUUGGAGCUCUGUCCUCCCUCACUGGAAAAGAAAUUCCUGGUUUAACUUCCUUACAAUCGCAGAGAUGUUAUUGCCCUCCUUUCCCCUCCUUAACCGCGGCAUUUCCGUUGUGGGAGGAUGCUGAGCUUCCCGGGAGCUUAGCUCGUGACAAAUCCCUCGGCUCCUGGUGUCCCUAGCCUCUGGCUGUGUUCAUGGAGUACUUUCUGGAAGGCCCAGGCGUGGGUCAGGGCUGCGCUGGCCUGGGUGCCACGCAAACGGAGCACGAGUGGUGCCAAAUGCCAUCAAGCCAGACUGGGAGCGCUUUUAUAGCCAGCGUGCAUUGAUGUAAACGACUCCAGGUGCACAGAAGCCAGCCGGGCGUUGUGUCCCAGCGCUGAUCUCCCACUCAACUAUUGAGCGUGGGGUACUGCGUCCCCCGCUCCUUACAAAUUACGGGGUCUUCAGAAGCGCAGGGGCUUUUUUAAACAGACAGCAAAGUAUUCUCCCUGUGAUUUAGGUUCCAGAGGUGACCUUUUCUAUAGUCCCGAAUCGGAGGAAAGCAAGCCCCUCUGAAUUCCAAGUAAUUUGUACAAGACAAAUGCUUUCAUUCUGAGCAACAAGAAGUUAACUUUUUUUCUUUGUAGGUCCUUCAAAAAAGAGCAGUGUUGUUCCCCUCGCUGAGAGCUCGUACGGUUCAGGAGCUCUCGCAGAACAGCCGUGUCAGUGCCAUCAGAUCAUCCGCUAUUGCAGACCACGGGGUAAGGCCGAAUUGCUGGACACGGCCAAGAAACACUAAAAAGGUCGUGUCCAGGAAUACGCACAAUAAACUGGGUGGUUUUGAGGGGGAAAGGGGAGCUGGAGUGCAGGGAGGCUGAGGCUAGCAGGCUGGCUCGCCUCCCGGCGCAGGCUGCUGACACGCGCUGGAGAGAGUGGGGAAGAGGAGUUCAUUUCUGCCUCUAAUCGUCGGCAGAAGAUGGGUAGUAAUAACCCUUAGCACUUAGGCAGAGCUUUAGAUCUGCGAAGCACUUUACAAACGUUAAUGAAAGAGUCAUCUCCAUCCCUGGCAGCGAGGUGUUAGGAGAAGGCUGUCUCUGAGACCAGGUGGAA